UUAAAGCAGAACUGCAGUGGGCAUUCUGACACUGGGGGGGGGGGAACUGACUUGGUGUUACUGACAUCCCCAGUGACACCAAUACAGUAAUCGGUGCUACUAAAAAGCACUGACACUGUACUAAUGACACUGGGCAGGAAGGGGUUAACAAGUGGGGCAAACAAAGGGUUAACUGUGUGCUGUCUUACUAGGGGCUGUGUGUUUGUGUUUUACUGUAAGCACACUGCUUUUCAUUGCUUCUCUGUGUGUACAGUGAGCUAUGUUGUUUGUAAACACAGGCUCUGUGCUGUGAUUUGACACAGCUGAUCAGCAGGUCCCGGCCAUAAAUCAU